AUGGAUGGACUUGUGUCGCGCGGCCUCAAAGUUACACGUGGACUUGUCCUCCUUAGCUGUGGCCCAAGCGUCCGCAACCAUGCCAGUUUUCUGAGGCUUCACAGCCUGGUCAGCCAAUCUCUAUUUGAUUUCGUGCUCUCUUUUGGCGGCCAGUCAACCCUUGAUCAUCAGAUUGUCGUCCCGCUCACGUCAUUCGUACGCAAUGUUUACAUUCAUGGUUUGGAACCAUGGGAAGCCCUCGUGAAAUCCUUCGCCGAGGAUUAUAUGUCGCUCGAUAAUGCUCCGCCAGUACUGGUCUGGAACAAUUAUGAAGUUGUAAAGGGCCAGCGGGUUUUCAAGGGGACUAAAUCACGAUUGCUGGCCCGCUCCAACUUCACCUGGCGCCCAUGGGGGAUCGACUUCUGGAAGUGCUUUAAAUGUAAUGCAAGUAUGCAGUAUCUCAAGUUCACAUCAAGCGGGAACCCUAGCCAAGGGAAUGAUUGGAUUGAAACGGAACUUCAGUACAGCUGUAACCGUUGUCAAAGUUUCAAAACCUGCGGUUACCCGCUGUGGGUUAAAGCUGUGCCGGGCAAGGCGGAUCUCGUCCAAUUUACGUGGCCGCUGAGUGUCGAACAGCUGAAAUACAUAGGUUAUCGAGAAACGGACUUCCAGACUAAAUCCUGAUUUAUGACGUGCAUGUAGUCGCAGAAAUCAUCCGAUCCAGGCACCG